UCGCCUACAACAAAAAACAUCUGAUGACCAUCACAGCUGUUAACAACAUUAAAUUCGUGCCGGGAACAUAUAUUUGCAUUAUAUGAUUUCAAUUUUGUUUGAGUUAGAUUAUAAGAUAAAAUGUUGAAGAACAUCGGCCAAUUAAGUACAAAGCAAAUGCUGCAAGGCUAUAAAAUUAGUUUCUGUGACAGCAGUUCAACAGCUAAAUUUAGCACGCAACCUGUCUACCAAAAUAUUUUCGAUAGAAAUGCAAAACGUUUGCAGAAGGAACGUGCGGCGCGGAACGCGAAUGUGGAGCUUUAUGACUAUUUGAAGGAGGAGGUGGGCUUCCGUUUGGCCGAUCGCAUUAUCGACAUAAAGCGCGAAUUCACAAAUGCCGCAGACAUUGGUUGCAGUCGCGGUUUCCUCUCGAAGCACAUCAUGGCGGAAAGUGUGCAGCACUUAACGCUGUGCGAUACAAGCCCCACUAUGCUGGAGCAAGCACAGGGUACGCCGGGUCUGAAAAUGACCAAGCUCGAGGUGGAUGAGGAGAAAUUAGAUUUUCCUGAAAACUCGCUGGAUUUAGUCAUAUCCAGUUUGAGUUUGCAUUGGGUUAACGACUUGCCAGGCUGUUUUUCAAAAAUUAUACGUAGCUUACAACCGGAUGGAGUGUUCAUAGCAUCACUGUUCGGCGGUGAUACGUUAUAUGAACUACGCUCAUCGCUGCAAUUGGCCGAAAUCGAACGCAAAGGUGGACUGGCGCCGCAUAUUUCGCCCUUUACGCAGAUAAGGGACGUAGGCGCUUUAUUGAAUCGCGCCGGUUUCACUAUGCUAACCAUUGAUACUGAUGAAAUUGUCGUCGGGUUUCCAAGCAUGUUUGAGCUUAUGUGGGAUUUAAAGGGUAUGGCUGAGAACAAUGCAGCAUUCAAUAGACCAGUGCAUAUAAGUCGCGAAACUUUGCUAGCAGCAAGCGCUAUUUAUAAGGAGUUAUAUGCUAAGGAUGACGGAGUUACGGCCACCUUUCAAAUAAUAUAUUUUGUCGGCUGGAAGCCAAGCCCUAAUCAGCCCAAACCUUUGGAGAGAGGUACCGGCGAAGUCUCAUUAAAAGAUUUGGGCAAGAUUAUCGAGUCAGGCGGACCAAAAAAAGCGUCAUAAACGAAGUGCGUCGUGUAUGAUUCCGAAUAUGCUGGCUUCAAUGUGACUGUUAAGUUAUAGAUACUUUAAAGAAAAGUUGUUAAUUUUUGUAUUAUAGCAAAUGACGCUUUGGAAAUAAUAUAUUUUAAAUGUAUUUGAACUAAACGCUAUAAUAUAUUUAUGUAUGUAUGUAUAUGCAUACAGAGUGCAGCAGUUUUUGUUAUACAAAAAGGGUUU